GUUUUUUUUAAACAAACGUACAGGAACUCUGAGAGGCAGAGGAAGAACGAGGGCGAAAGAGACAGAUGCUGAUGUUUUGAAAAGAGGAUCUUAUCUUGUGAUUGCCCACAUAACACCGCCGGAUAGUGGAUUUAAACUCCAGAGAUGUUGUCGUCGAACUCCUUGCGGAUCGCGUGGUCGUCCCGAACCGCACUUCGCCCGACCUGGCUGACCACGAACCGAUUGUCUGUCUCCAAAACUGUUACAUAUUCAGCUCAUUGUAUCUCUACCAGCCUCCCCAGCAGGGACCCAUGGCACCUCGACAUUGACACCAGAGCCCCGGUGAAGGAGGGAGGGCUGAGCUGGUACACUAAUCAAGCCAACUCACCGAGGAGCUACUGUACAGGUCAGGUCAAGUUGAGCUGCUGGAACUGUGAAAAGCCCCUUGACAAAACGCCUGCAUUCUUCUGCAUGUCAUGCAAAGUAGUCCAGCCCCCUGAAGAAGGGACAUCUUACUUCAAGAUCAUGGACUGUGACUACACGUUCACGCUGGACACACAAAAGCUGCAGAAAAGAUACUUGCAGCUCCAGAGGUCUCUACAUCCUGACAACUUCAGCCAGAAAUCUGUGAAAGAACAGGAGUAUUCAGAAAGCCAUUCGGCGCUUGUGAACCAAGCAUACAAGACUCUGCUUAAGCCUUUGAGUCGUGGUCUUUAUAUGCUGGAGCUGGAGGGGAUGCAUAUAGAAGAGGGCAACGACUCUGGGGCUGAUUCAGAGUUUCUGAUGGAGCUGAUGGAGAUCAAUGAAGCUCUUGAUGAGGCACAGACUCCAAAAGAAGCCAAUAAGAUCAGCCAAGACACAAAAGGGAAACUAGCAGACUUGACAGAGCAGAUAGACGCUGCCCUUCAUAAAGGGGAGCUUCAGACUGCCAAAGCACUGCUUGCCCAGAUGAAAUACUAUGCAAACAUUGAGGAGAAAGCAAAGGAAAAACUUACAAAAUUUAUGUAAAUCUUCUCCCCUAUUUUGUGUCAUUUAAUAUUUUUACCCACUUUUGCACAGAUGCACAUAAAUUAUUGUACAUUUUCUGGAGUUAUGUAAUAUUAUUGUUCACGUUGAAUAAUAAAAGCAAUAAUGCAUAAUACACGA